AUGAACCUGAUGACUUUCACCAAUGGUUUUGUUUUUAUUAAAAUCAAGAAGCGUAACCUUAAAAAACCCGACAAUCAGAGAAAAGUCGACCUGAACCGAGGGUUUUUAACCACGGCUCACAAGAAACAAACACUGAGGAAAACGGAAACACCCACUGCAGGUCCUCCUCCCAUCAGCCACUGCAGGUCCUCCUCCCAUCAGCCACUGCAGGUCCUCCUCCCAUCAGCCACUGCAGGUCCUCCUCCCAUCAGCCACUGCAGGUCCUCCUCCCAUCAGCCACUGCAGGUCCUCCUCCCAUCAGCCACUGCAGGUCCUCCUCCCAUCAGCCACUGCAGGUCCUCUUCCCAUCAGCCACUGCAGGUCCUCCUCCCAUCAGCCACUGCAGGUCCUCCUCCCAUCAGCCACUGCAGGUCCUCCUCCCAUCAGCCACUGCAGGUCCUCCUCCCAUCAGCCACUGCAGGUCCUCCUCCCAUCAGCCACUGCAGGUCCUCCUCCCAUCAGCCACUGCAGGUCCUCCUCCCAUCAGCCACUGCAGGUCCUCCUCCCAUCAGCCCUGCAGGUCCUCUUUCCAUCAGCCACUGCAGGUCCUCUCUCCAUCAGCCCGCGCAGGUCCUCCUCGGUCGGCACGGUCACUGA